CGCGGGUCGCCGGUUCUUCAGGGUCCGAGCUUCGUCCGAAACGAAGCGCCUUCACAGCGCUCGCCACCUUCCUCUCGCGGAGAAGGCCGCACAAGGAAGUCUCCCUCGAUACGAUCGAUCGGCUCUCCGCACGCGACCUUGAUACCGCGACCUGCCCUCUCCUUUUCAACGUCCCGUUGCGAUACGCGCCGGUGAAUCGUGUGACGGUGGUGUGAGUGCUCGUGUGCUCGGUGGUGCUUGGUGAACCUGACUGCAGGAAGCAACUCGGAGGACUCGUCCCCUCCUAUCACGGUCUCCUCGCUGUCUCCAAGUGGACCACGGGAUCAUGGCAUCGUACAGGAGCUAUGGCGAUACGGGAGCAUAUCGGAGUAGAGCUAGCAUCGGAAUAGGUAGCACAUUCGGUAGGAAUACUUCCGGCGGAAGCAGCCUGCCAAGCUGUAGAAGCAGCUAUUCCGGAGUUGGAUCGAGUUCCGCUCGAGCUGCCGCCAAGGAACGGGUGCUCGCAAGUUUCGGUGGCGCUUUUCUCAAGAAGAACAAGCUCGAGGAGAAACCUUCUUUUAAAUAUUCAUGUACCAAAGACACCGACAAGGGUCGAUUGUACUCCGGAAGAUCGUCUUCCGAGGAGACGAGGGUGAAGAGCCCGCUAUCUGGCAGUAAGUCGUCCCUCUUUGAGAAGUACUCGUUCUCAGCUGGCAAAACAUCGGAGAGGCCGUCUUCCGUGUUGGACAGAUAUAACCGGCCGGCUUCGCGGGAGAAGAGCAGAGAGCCCGAAGGAAUAUCGCGCUACGGGUCCAGCACAUAUCCUGGAUCGAGUUUCGGUCGAAGUUAUGGCAAUGACGGUAGAAUUGAGAAGAAGGACCAUCCACCGUCGGUCUCCUACAGAGGAUUACGUCCCAAUUCCGGGAGAGCAUCGCGCGAGCCGAGCCCGGAAGUAGCCGGUGGCGGAAAAACGAAUUCCUUCAGAGUCUAUUCGAGAGCGCCGUCUUAUGGCCGCUCAGCCGCUUCGCCCAGCACGUCCGAAUCGAGCUCGGCCACAAUCUCGACGAGAUUUGGCUCGACAGCUGCUGGUUCGCGAUUUCUCUCGUCGCGAAGCGGCAACGAACGAGUGCCCUCGGCCGUAAACUACUACGGAGCGGACAGAUUUCGAGGCUCGAGCGGCAAGUCGGCUAAUCCGAAAGACGAAGAGGAAUACAGGCAGCUCGCUACCAAGCCCAACGAGGAUGGUAGUCACGAGUCGCCGAAGGUAGCGAACAGAAUGGAAGACGGCAAGAGCGACAAUCGACUCGCCGACAAUGAAUUCUUGACACUGACGAUCGUGACUCGAGGCACUUCGCCGACACCUCCGGCUUCUUCGUCUUACGUGAGGAACAGGCGGGCGGAAAUCGGUAUCGUUCAUCAGAAGGAAGUGGCUCGACCCCGAGAACUGCCGGAUACCCUCGACAAGGAGACACAGUGCGAUCGAAGCGACGAGACGUCGAGGUUCUCGAGAUUCAGUGGCAGCAACAGAGUAUCCGGCGCGCCUUCUUGGUCGGCGUACCUGGACAAGUACUCGUCGUCGUCGGGCGCACCACCAGCUGGAGGUUCGUCUAUGUACUCGUCCAGAGGGUUCAACAAUACGAGCUCGUCAAGCGCUAGACUCAACAGCUUCGCAUAUAGAACAAACGAAGCCACGAGACACGAAUUCGCUGCCAAGGAAUCGUUGACCUCUACUCAAGAAACUCAUAGUAAUAGAAGCCAGAACGAGACAGUUCUCGGCGGAGCGAACCGGUCCGGUAACGAGAACUCAUCAGUGUCCAAUGAAGACACGAAGACGUGUGGUCAAGACACACGCGGUGCGAAUAAAGAAACGAGUAAAAACAGAGUGCAGAGUAAUGAGCAGUGCUGCUGUAACGCACGAAAAGCCGAGACUAGUAGGAGUCCCGGUAUUUCCAGGACGUCCAGUCAGGAUCUUGCGUUUCAACGCAGAGAGGAUUCGACGGGGCAAGAUUGCCGAGAGAGACACAGCGAAGAUCGGAGUAAGGACAGGCAAAGUCCCGUAUUGAAAUGUGACGGGUGUAAUAACCAAAGAAGAGCGUCCAUUCCGCGAUUCGGACGUAGUUCGCCCAAGAGCGAGGUGAAAAUCCCCAAGUGUUCUUCAAAGCCUGACUUGACGAAGACCGAAGUGUGCGAGAGGAGAGAAUCCAAACCUGACGUUAAUUCCCGCUCUAGGAUCGAGGAGUCUCGAAUCGUGGAAGGACUCGACCAAAGUGAAGAAGUUAUCUCUCAGAAGCACGACGUGUCGCAAAGAAAAGAGUCGAGCGGCGCCGCGCAAAGUCGUCCGGCACCGACAUCGCAGUCACGGGGCGCAUCGACGAAGACGAACACACCGCGUCAAAUGACGCGUACCGGCUCGUCAGACGGAUCAUCCUCUGCGAGUCUGCCAAUUGGCAGAUCGAAAUCGUCGUCAGCCAGUUCGGUGGCGAAUCAAGGUGUAAAAAUAAAGGCGACGACGCCGCCAUCGUCCUCCGGCAAGUCAACUGGCGGCACGGGCCCCUCGCCGUCAGUGAAUCUACGGCAAGGCGGUUCGCCGGACGCUCGCGGCAAACCACCUGUGCCGAAGAAUGAUACUACGACCGCCGCCACGCCGAAGUGCAUCGUGGCAGCGAAGUACGUGAACAAGGACUUCCGCAAGUCGACCUUGAACAUGGAGAACGGCGACCCGUCGCGCUCUAAGUAUACAAGAAGGAAGAAAGGCCAGAGGAACAUCUCCGGAAGUUCGCAGGACUCCGAGACGACCUCGGAACAUGUUGGCCGGGUCGCCUCUUCGGGCUCCUCGACCUCGAUCAAGUCCGCUCGAUCAAGAUUGAGAGCUCCGUCGGGAGGAUCGAAGCAUGGGAUGGCAGGAAGGUGUAGUGACUCGAACGCUUCAACGAGAUGGGAGGAUUCGAGAAGUGGGUCAAAGUCACCUUGCGGAACGACGAAGAGGCCGUCUGGAACGUCGAGUUCCAGCAGCAGCAGUCGGUCGACCUCCGCGAAUUCCUCUAGCAGCGAGGACAACGACGAACGCGUGGACAGGCCGGGUUCGAGGCGGAGAAGAAGACGAGCAUCGGAGUCGCCCAUGCGCGAGACCAGAGGUAAGAUCAGCGCGGGUUCGUCCAAGACGAGCGUGUUGGCGUCCUCGGCCGAUGAAAUACCUAUGAUGACGGAGAAACCACCCAGACCGCCUUCGAGUCCACGAUCGAAGAGUGAUCGUUCCGCAAAGACAGAAGAGGCCAAGUCUUUUCUGAUGAGGGCGCUGGCGCCGGUGACGAAUUUCUUUAAGAGCAAGAGCCAAGAUUCCGGUGAUACGAGCAAGUCGGGCGGGUGGGUCGAUUCCAACGACGAGAAUUACGAAGCCAGCAACAAGACAGGACAACCGCUGUCAUCUUCGAGAUCUAUCAGUUUUUCGAAAGCUCCGAGUUUCACCAACUCUGACAAAAGUGACAGGAUGAGAGAGAGAGGACACGCGAGGAUUCAGCGCCAGUAUUCCGGAGAGAGACCCUGGUGGUUAGACUCUAAUUCCGACAACAUCCCGUUGGGAAUUGAAAGAACUAGUCCCUGGAACGAUGACGCCAGUCAGGAUACAACCAUCAGUACAGUUUUGCCGGAUGACGGGAAAUGUAAGUUCAAAGUUUGGCGACAACAGUCAGGAGAGCGUGCCUGGUGGUUGGACGAGGUCUCGGCGGAGGAAGCGAAGAAAUCGCCGGCAUCUUCCACCUCGAGACGAGGCUCCAGUCGGGGCAGUUUCCGAUCUGCCGAUCGGCGAAAUCGUAUCCGACAUCAGCAGUCCGGUGAGCGAGCGUGGUGGAUGAGCGACGACCCCGAGAACGUCCCGGAGGGCGUCGAGGUCAUCCCCGUAGCGUCUCCCGACAGCCAAGGCGCCGACAUGCCCGAUGGCUUUGUCGAUAACGAGACCCUUUACUCCGCGAAGCCGCUUAACAAAAUCCGCCACAUCGAAUCCGGCGAGAAGGCAUGGUGGAUGGACAGUUGCUCGAACGUUCCUGACGGGGUCGUCAGAAUCCCCGUGGAAACUUCCAACAGCACUUCCGACUCCUCCGAGUCGUACGAGAAGAUCGAUAUCGGCGUUAACCCUGAACCUGAGACGUGUGUCAAGAGGAGCCUCUCCAGAUUCCCUAUCGAGUUUCCGCCUCCACCGCCCGAGGAGCCGUUGGGAGAUCGCGCGAGCCCAGAAGGGGUCGAAAACCCACCUGAUCCGCCGGACAAUUACGGAGGACGGGACUCGCCUUACGACAAUGUGCAACCGACACCACGAAGAUUGUCACCAAGGAAACGACCCUCCACACUGCCGUUGUUCAUCAGCGAACACACCGACAUCGAUGAUGUGCUCAGCGAUACAGCCGUCCCGUGCCACAGCCCUGUUCUCUCCCGCGUUCGUAAACAGGAACGCGUCGAAGAGGAUUCUUCCGAAGAUAGCUCGGAGUGCGAAGAAAUAGACGCGACCCAGGUGAUCAUUCAUGACAGCACGCCGAAAACACCGAUGAUUCAACGAAGGAACCGAGAGAACGAGAGGAUUCAACCCGACGGCUACAUACCGGAUUUCUUGAAUCAAUUCUAAAAACCGAAAACAUCUCGAGGGAUUUUGUGCGGGAGAAUGACCCGCCGAGGGAGAAACAGAUGGAAUGGCUGGGAUGGUAAUUGUGCGAUGAAAAAAUAAUCAGCCUGCGCGAUACGAAAGAUGAAACCAUAAACACGACUGUGCGUGUGUGUAUGUACGUAUACCGCCGACUACGUGCUACAACGAGUCCCCAUAGGGAUCACGAAUGGCACAAAGGGGAAUAGCGAGUCUAUAGAAACGUGAUGGGAGGUUCAUUGUGCGGGAGGGUGCUAACGCUACCGUGCAACUCUAUAGCGCCUCGUGAAAAUAUAAAUAACUACUGUGUACAACGCUCGCGAGAGCGGGUCGAUGAAUUAUUUACGAGUGCUUCUGUGAUAUGAUUCUCAUUAAUAUAUGCGGUCUGCUCAUAGCACCGAUCCACACACGAAACCUGAAAUCGACCGAGGAGUUUAUACACUCUGGCAGAAUACGAAACAUCGUUAAUAAAUCGUAGACGAGUCAAUGACCUCCUUCGCUCGCAUUCUAAACGUUGAUCGAAUAAUCUCAUACUGGCGAGAUCGCUCGUCGUCGGCGAUUCUCCCGCCAAUGUAACCUCAAAACGCCAAUGUUUACCAAUGUUUCAUAAAAGAAUGUAUUUCCCAUUCCUGGACGCGCCACUUUCCAGAUAUAUGUCGCAGUGAUUGUUGAUUCGACGCAUCGUUCCCUGAAC